CUGAGAUAUAGAUACAAAAAAUGGAGGCCGCCAUGAGAAGAGCUCUCCUUGUCCUGAACUGCGCCUUCGUCCUUGUAGGCGGCGGUGCAGCCCCUCUGUUGAUGCGGAUAUAUUUCACACGUGGCGGCAGCCGAGUCUGGUUCUCAACUUGGCUCGAAACAGCCGGCUUCCCGGUUCUUCUCAUCCCUCUCACCGUCAUCUACUUCCGUCACCGUUCCAAACAACAAACCUCAGAAGAAACCUUCUUCAUGAAACCUCGUCUCUUCAUGGUCUCCUGCAUAAUUGGAAUCUUGACCGGACUCGAUGAUUUCCUCGACGCCAACGGCGCCAUGCGGCUUCCUAUAUCGACAUCAGCUCUAAUCGGCGCCACCCAGUUGGCUUUCACCUCCUGCUUUGCGUUUCUGCUGGUGAAACAGAAGUUCACUUCUUUCUCUGUAAACGCCGUCGUUUUGUUGACCAUUGGAGCCGCCGUUUUAGCCAUGCAUACCAGCAGUGACAGACCGGAGCAUGAAUCGAAGGGAGAAUACGUGUUGGGUUUUAUCAUGACGGUGGGUGCCGCGACGUUGUAUGGGUUCAUUAUGCCAUUCUUGGAGUUGAAUUAUAUGAAGGCUGGUCAGAAAAUUACGUAUGCGCUUGUGAUGCAGACACAGAUUGUUAUAUGUGUGUUUGCUACUGGUUUUAGCACUAUUGGGAUGAUUAUCAACAACGAUUUCAAGGUGAUUCCAAGAGAAGCAAGAGAAUUCGAGCUAGGAGAAGCGAAAUAUUAUUUGGUAGCCGUAUGGACGGCCCUAGGGUACCAGAUGUCGUUUUUGGGGGUGAUUGGGAUCGUUUUCUGCGCAUCAGCUUUGUUAUCUGGAAUUAUGGUUUCACUUCUAAUUCCAGUAACAGAGGUUUUAGGUGUAAUUUUCUUGAGAGAAAAAUUCCAACCAGAAAAGGGAGUUUCUCUUGCCAUCUCUCUCUGGGGGUUUGCUUUCUACUUUUAUGGUGAAUUUAAAGCUCUCAAGAAGCAGAAAUUAAUAGAACAAACACAAACACAAACCCAAGAAGGUUCAGAUCAUCCUUAGAAAAACCAUUUAUGUGUAUAUAUAACGUUUUCUUUGUACUGAAUCAUGUUUAAUUUAUACCAAAUAUAUAUACGUACACAUAUUUUUGCGAUU